GCGAUGACUGAACAGAAUUCGUACUGUCAAACCGCUUCAUUGAAAAGCAAUCACCUACAAAGCACUCGUCCAAUUGUUGCGUGAAUUUCACCCGAAAUAACUGAUCCACAAACUGCUGUCCCUCCGUAAUCGGACGUAUUUAACGCUGAAUCACUUCACUGGCAGAACGUGACCUGUUUGCAUCCAGUGCAUCCAGAGGGCAACCAAGCAUCAGCAACAACCACAACAACAACACCAGCACGGCAAACAGUGUAAAGGCACAGUACAAGAGCACAGUUGCGACGCGAGAUGGCUGGCGCUAUGAUGAUCGACCGUGCCCAAUCGCACUCCCUGAACCGGCAGGAUAUGACUAACUUUGCCCGCGACCUGGAGGUGGAUGAAAACGACGAGGAACAGAUCCGACAAAAGGAACAGAAAAUUCUCGAACUCGGCGAAACGUACAAGAAGGAAGGCAAGGCCAAGGAGCUGGCCGAUCUGAUCAAAGUGACCCGCCCGUUCCUGAGCUUCCUGAGCAAAGCGAAAGCGGCCAAGCUGGUCCGUUCGCUGGUGGACCUGUUCCUGGAUUUGGAGGCCGAAACGGGCAUCGAGGUACAGCUGUGCAAGGAAUGCAUCGAGUGGGCCAAGCAGGAAAAGCGCACCUUCCUGCGACAGUCCCUUGAGGCGCGGCUCAUUGCGCUCUACUUCGACACGGGCAUGUACACGGAAGCGCUGAACCUUGGCAGCCAGCUGCUGAAGGAGCUGAAGAAGCUGGACGACAAAAAUCUGCUCGUCGAGGUACAGCUGCUGGAGAGCAAAACGUAUCACGCCCUGAGCAACUUGCCGAAGGCCCGUGCUGCUCUCACGUCCGCGCGUACCACGGCCAAUGCAAUCUACUGCGCACCGAAGGUUCAGGCCACGCUCGAUCUGCAGUCGGGCAUUCUGCAUGCGGCCGACGAGCGCGACUUCAAAACCGCCUUCUCGUACUUCUACGAAGCGUUCGAAGGGUUCGAUUCGGUGCAGAGCAGCAAAGCGCUGACAGCGCUCAAGUACAUGCUGCUGUGCAAGAUUAUGCUCGGCCAGUCGGAUGACGUGAACCAGAUCGUCAGUGGCAAGCUGGCCAUUACGUACUCCGGGCGCGAUAUCGACGCCAUGAAGGCGGUCGCGGAAGCAUCGCACAAACGCUCCCUGGCCGACUUUCAGGACGCGCUGAAGCAGUACAAGAAAGAGCUGGAGGAUGAUGUGAUUGUGAAGGCGCACCUGGGCACACUGUACGACACGAUGCUCGAGCAGAACCUGUGCCGCAUCAUCGAACCGUACUCGCAGUGCGAGGUGAGCUUCAUCGCGGAACAGAUUGCCCUGCCCAUCGCCCAGGUCGAGAAGAAGCUGUCACAGAUGAUCCUGGACAAGAAGUUUAGCGGCAUCCUGGACCAGGGCAUCGGUGUGCUGAUCGUGUUCGAGGAAACGCCGGUCGACAAAACGUACGAGACUGCACUGGAAACGAUACAGCACAUGGGCAAGGUGGUCGACACGCUCUACCAGAAGGCAAAGAAGCUGACGUAAAACGAGUGGGGAAAGAAGAAGGAGGUGUGUGUGAGUGAGUGUACGCGGUUGUCCCUCACGAGACCCGCAAAACGGUUAGCGCAUAAUGCAAAUUAAUUAAUUUGUCUACCAUCUUAAAGCUCCCUCUGCUCUUCAUGUA